GGGGAGGGGAAGGUGGCCCCACGAGGAUGAGGCGGAGGCCUGGGUCCCCCCAGGGAGAAAAGGGGACUCUGGCCAGGCCAGGGUGGGGAGGGCCCGGCCGUGAGGAGGGCAGGAGGGGAGGCCUGGAGGUGCCCCUGCCCCAACGUAGCUUCGCAGUCCCGGUCAACGUCGCCCUCGGGACGCUCAUGUCGUGUUCUCGUGUGCACCCCGUGUACCAAAAUAGCCUAACAGCGAAUAAUAAACGGUAGAGACAGCGCUGCUGUGCCUGGCUCCUUGCGCCCGCCCGUGCGAUGAGCUGCGCCCGGCCUCAGCCCGCCGUGGGGCUGCGUGGGGGGAUGGGGGAAGAGCGCUGCUUCCCCGUUCCCUCGUUGCCCAAACGCAUGGGCACCGCCUGACCCUCUGCGGCACCCGUAGAGACCGAGUCCCGCCCGCAGAGCUCUGAUUGGCUGCGCCGCCGGCGUGGUUGAGCCACCUCCCUGCUAGCUGUACGCCUAUUGGCUACGCUGCGCGCCGGGAGUUUUUAAAUGGCUGAGCUGGGCGUAAGCCCCGCCUUCGCCGUGGGACGAGAAGAGAAGAUGGCGGCGGCGGCGGUGGCGGCGGAUGAAGCAGAGCGCUCCCGGGGCCGCCGCGCCGCGCUGUCCUUCGCCGCCAUCGCCGUGCUGCUGGGGCUGCCGCUGUGGUGGAAGACGACGGAGACGUACCGCGCCGCGCUGCCCUACGGAGACAUCGCGGCCCUGGGCCGGCUGCCGUUCCAGGUGGCCGUGAGCGUCUCGGUGGUGUUCCUCCCGGGCUCUGUGCCCGCGGAUCUGCCCCGGCGGCUGCCGUACGGGGACGUGCGGGAGGAGCGGGUGCCCGUCAGCUCACGGUCCGAUGUCGCGUCCCGCACCGAGACGGCGUAUCGCGGCAGCACGGCGCGGGAGGAGGCGGCGCUGGGAGCGGCCACAGCGCGAGAGGCCGACGCUGCUCUGCGUGCGCUGCAGGACUCUCCACCAGGCUCUCUGACUGUGUAUGUGCUUCCUGAAGCCUCCUCUCUCCUGCCUCAGGGCGUCAAUGUCUACGUGGGGAAGCACCGCAGCGCCCUGGUGAGGGCUGGGCAGGGCCUGGCCACGCUCCACGCCCGCCUCCAGCAGCUCAUGCAGGUGAUGUCUUUCACGGCCAGCUCCAUCGCUGCUGCCCUCUCAGACCGUGUUCCUGAUGGUCAGCUCGGCCCCGACGCCUGGCGGCACUUGAAAUCCAGCCUGGGGUACGAAAUCACCUUCAGCCUGCUCAACCCUGACCCCAAGUCGCAUGAUGUGGACUGGGACAUCGAGGGUGCUGUGAACCACUACGUGCAGCCCAUCCUGGACAAGCUGAACCUUGUGGCCAACUUCUCUGUCGACUCACAGAUCUUAUACUACGCCGUUCUUGGAGUAACUCCACGCUUUGACAAGGAGUCUUCCAGCUUCAUCCUGAGCGCACACAGCCUCCCACAUGUCAUCAACCCUGUGGAGGCCCGGCUGGGUUCCAGCGCUGCCUCACUCUACCCUGUGCUGAACUUCUUGCUGUAUGUGCCGGAGCGUUCCCACUCCCCACUCUACAUCCAGGACAAGGAUGGAGCCCCAGUAACCACCAAUGCCUUCCACAGCCCCCGCUGGGGUGGCAUCAUGAUUUACAAUGUUGAAGUCCCUGCUUCCCCCCAAACCUCCCUCCCACUGCGCGUGGAUGUGGACAUGGUGAGAGUGAUGGAGGUUUUCCUGGCCCAGCUCCGGUUACUAUUUGGGAUUUCUCGGGAGGAGCUGCCCCCUGAGUUCCUGGUGGAGAGCCCAGGGAAUGAAGGACUGGCCGACUGGGAGCUGGACCACCUGCUCUGGGCCCAUACAUUGGAGAAUAUUGCCACUGUGUCCACCACCCUGACCUCGCUGGCACAGCUUCUGGACCAGAUCAGUAACAUCGUCAUCAAAGAUGACGUCGCCUCAGAGGUAUACCGAGCAGUGGCUGCAGCGCAGGAUGCCGUGGCAGAGCUGGCUGAGGGCCGCCUGCGCUCUGCUUUCCAGGCCAGCAAGGAAGCUGUCACCUCCUCGGAGCGGGCAUUCUUCGACCCUUCUCUUCUCCAUCUUCUCUACUUCCCGGAUGACCAGAAAUUCGCCAUCUACAUCCCCCUCUUCCUACCCAUGGCUGUCCCCAUCCUCCUCUCCCUGGCUAAGAUGCUCCGGGAAGCCAGGCAGAGCAAGAAGGAGCCCACCAAGAUGGACUGAGCCCACGGAUGGCGCCCUGCCUUGAGGCUGGGACCUCACGGAGUGCAUUGCAUCGUGGUGCAGGCAGGCACCCUGAACUGCAUUGGGUCAGGCCCAGACCUGGGGGUGCAUUCCAGAUGCAGGCGUGGGAGGAAGCUGCUUUCAGGGGUGAGAGAUGCUCACAGAAUCUUGCACCCUCCACUCAGAACUGCUGCUUGCCACCCCUCUUACUGAGACUUGAGGGGAAGGGAGGGAGACCUGCAUGCACCCCACAGCCCUGCGCUGUGUUCAUGUGUAAAUAAAGAGCCCCCCCUGCCCAA